GGGUAUUUGCAGUUUCUCCAGACACAGAGAGAAGAGAGGUCCAGGGCACGUAACUAUACAAACCUGGAUAUUCAGGCGAAUAAAUGCCACCAAGUAUGACCAAGAGCUCGGCGAAUAAACUGACAAAUGGAGAUGUUUUCCACCAGACAUCCAACGGUAAGACAUCAUCGAGAAGGAACGGUUUCGUGAAGAAUCAUUGCUUGUUCCAACAACCGCAACAGAAGAAUCGGCGCCCGAGUGAGAACAACCAUGUUGUUCGUAACGCCAGCCUGUACAACAAAGCGUUUGUGGAGCAGUUUGAGGAGACUCCUCUGCUUGUGGCGGUUCUCACAUACAUGGGCUAUGGGAUCCUCACCAUCUUCGGGUACCUGCGGGACUUCCUCCGGCACUGGGGCAUGGAGAAGUGCCAUGUAGCCAGAGAAAGGGAAGAGCAGAAGGACUUUGUUCCACUGUACCAGGACUUUGAGAACUUCUACACCCGGAAUCUAUACAUGCGUAUCCGUGACAACUGGAACAGGCCGAUCUGCAGUGUUCCAGGAGCCAAGAUGGACCUGUUGGAGAGGGCCUCCAAAGACUACAACUGGACCUUUCAACACACAGGCAAGCUGGUGAAAGACGUGAUCAACAUGGGUUCAUAUAACUACCUGGGCUUUGCUGAGAACACUGGGAGGUGUGCCGACGCUGCCACAGAGUCCACCCACCACUAUGGCGUUGGAGUGGGUAGCACCCGCUAUGAGAUGGGUAACCUGGACAUCCAUGAGGAGUUGGAACAGCUGGUUGCUAGGUUCCUGGGGGUGGAGUCAUCUAUGGCCUUUGGGAUGGGCUUCGCUACCAACUCCAUGAACAUUCCGGCUCUGGCUGGAAAGGGCUGUUUGAUCCUGAGUGAUGAGUUAAACCAUGCCUCUCUGGUGCUGGGCGCUCGGCUGUCUGGAUCCAUCAUCAGAGUCUUCAAGCACAACAAUAUGGUGAGUCUAGAGAAGCUAUUGACAGACGCCAUCGUCCACGGCCAGCCCAGAACACGCAGGCCCUGGAAGAAGAUCCUCAUACUGGUCGAAGGAAUAUACAGGUACGGUACCUUUUUUAAGUGGUAUCGUAUGAUAUCACAUUUACAGCUAUCAUCUAAAGGCUCCCUGCAGACUCGGCACGGCCUAGUCGUACAGAAAGGCUCCCUGCAGGCACGGCCUAGUCGUACAGAAAGGCUCCCUGCAGACUCGGCACGGCCUAGUCGUACAGAAAGGCUCCCUGCAGACUCGGCACGGCCUAGUCGUACAGAAAGGCUCCCUGCAGACUCGGCACGGCCUAGUCGUACAGAAAGGCUCCCUGCAGACUCGGCACGGCCUAGUCGUACAGAAAGGCUCCCCGCAGCCUCGGCACGGCCUAGUCGUACAGAAAGGCUCCCUGCAGACUCGGCACGGCCUAGUCGUACAGAAAGGCUCCCAGCAGACUCGGCACGGCCUAGUCGUACAGAAAGGCUCCCGCAGACUCGGCACGGCCUAGUCGUACAGAAAGGCUCCCUGCAGACUCGGCACGGCCUAGUCGUACAGAAAGGCUCCCCGCAGCCUCGGCACGGCCUAGUCGUACAGAAAGGCUCCCCGCAGCCUCGGCACGGCCUAGUCGUACAGAAAGGCUCCCUGCAGACUCGGCACGGCCUAGUCGUACAGAAAGGCUCCCUGCAGACUCGGCGCGGCCUAGUCGUACAGAAAGGCUCCCUGCAGACUCGGCGCGGCCUAGUCGUACAGAAAGGCUCCCUGCAGACUCGGCGCGGCCUAGUCGUACAGAAAGGCUCCCUGCAGACUCGGCGCGGCCUAGUCGUACAGAAAGGCUCCCUGCAGACUCGGCGCGGCCUAGUCGUACAGAAAGGCUCCCUGCAGACUCGGCGCGGCCUAGUCGUACAGAAAGUCUCCCUGCAGACUCGGCACGGCCUAGUCGUACAGAAAGUCUCCCUGCAGACUCGGCACGGCCUAGUCGAGUUGAUCGACUACCUGCGGUCCCACUCCCACAGUGCUAUCUACGCCACCUCCAUGUCCCCUCCUGUGUCCCAACAGAUCAUCACGUCUAUGAAGAUUAUCAUGGGGGAGGACGGUACCACUCUGGGUGUGGUUCGUCUGAGGCAGCUGUCAGAGAACACUACGUAUUUCAGGAGGAAACUCAGAGAGAUGGGCUUCAUCAUCUAUGGCAACGAUGACUCUCCUGUUGUACCCAUGAUGCUCUACAUGCCCGCCAAGAUCGGGGCGUUCGGUAGGGAGAUGUUGAAGAGGAACAUUGGGACGGUGGUGGUUGGCUUUCCGGCCACGCCCAUCAUAGAGUCCAGGGCCAGGUUCUGUGUGUCUGCUGCCCACACCAGAGAUAUUUUGGACACGGCGUUGGAGGCCAUCAGUGAGGUAGGAGAUAUAUUACAGCUGAAGUAUUCUAGACACCAGAGACGUCCUCAUCUCCCCUCCUCCCUGGGUUCAUGGUCCUCUGAGGAGAGUCUGCUCCAGGAGCCCAGCCACGUCAAGCCUUCUGUCAUGUAACUAACUGAAAUUGCCUACACUGGUGUAGGGUCAAGUUGCCUCUAGAUGCUGAUCUUUUGUCAGUUUAGAAUUUUUCCCCACUAAUAGUUAAUGUUAGGAUUGGGGGAUGGAAAGCUGAUCCUAGAUCUGUACCUAAGUGAAACUUCACCAGGUCUGAACAGUCACCAUGUGCCCAGAGGGUUUUCUUAAUGCAUCUUAACUUAUUGUGACUUCAUUUUUUUGAGUUUGUACCUUAAUGUUGAGUCUUAAAUAUGUCUUUGUGCAUUAUGGGGUCUUCCAAUGCAAUAAUAACAAGAUUACAUUGACAUUGUAGUAAUUUAGAAGACUCUUAUCCAGAGCCACUUACUGGAGCACCUUGCUCAACGGCACAUUGACAGCUUUUUCACUGAUUCGGCUCAGGGAUUCGAACCAGCUACCUUUUAGCUUACAGACCCAACACUUUAAACCAAUAGGCUUCCUGCUGCGUUUCUUAAAUGUAUUUUCAGCUUUUAAGAUGGGUUUUAAUAUUAAAAUAUACAGUACCACUUGUUUGGUUACACCAAUGGUUGGUUACUGGCAGGAGUUAUAUAACAGACAAAGUUAAUAAAUAAUAUAUAUCAUUCCUUACGUUAGUAGGGCACUAAAUAUAGGCCUUCAUAUCACAUGGGGUACAUCAAGUGUCAACCUUUUAUUUUUUACAUUUUAUUUAACUUAAACCUUUCCACUCUAAUCAGUGUUUUAUACUUGAAUAUUGUCAUUGGGUCCUUUCUCUAACCACAUAUAUGUAUUGUACAUUAUCUACUGUUUAUACUGUAAAUUAACAUGUGAACAUCUUCUUUGACUUAACAUCGUAGCUAGUCACCAAUCACAGAGCUGCUUUCCAUGAGUAGUCCUAGCUCUCUCUGUAAUCUACGUAUCACACCUGGCUCAUGUUCAUUAGGGCACGUCUCUGCCAAAACAAGCAUUUCUUAUUGGACAAGCCCUGGUAGUCCCUCCCAGUUUCAGUUAGUUUUGUUCCAUUUUGUGCCUAAUGAACACGACUUUGUUCCAAAAAGAUCCGUUGAAAUAUUUAGAAUAGUAGGGGGGGGGGGUCCCUUUGAAGAGCCGACCAUGUUGUGAAUGUUUUAUUUUCUAUCAUAUUUUUCAGCCUUUUAACAUUUAGUGUUCUUUACACCUGUGCUGGAAUAACUUGAACUCAUAUGUCUUAAACAUUUUGAACAGAGUCUCUUUAACGUAUCCAUGAAUGAAGAUUCUCUAAUACUGCUAUAGGAUAAAUAAGAGCCAGGUCGUGUUGUGUGUUUCUUAGGAUCGGCUUCCUGGAAUAGAAAAUGCAUAUAUUUCAAUGGAGAUUCUUGCCUUCAUCUGUGUGCGGGAAACUGCCCGUUACUGAAGACACAUGUCAUGUGAAUAUCUAACUGUAUAUCUGAACCUAAGUGCUUAUUCUAUUAUUAAACAACCCAGCGCUGAUGUCUUCUUCCUGAACAAUGACACGCUGGGUGUAAUGUAACCACACUGUCUAUCUGUACGUAUGACCAUGCUGCAUCCUAACCGUGCUUCUCUGAUGUACAGAUAUGUCCUUAUUUGGAAACCCCUUCCUAUGGAUACCCUCUUUAUAAGGUAUUAUAAGUGCAUCCAUAAUGCCUUAUGAGCUAUGUAUAUUGCAUUAUACUGCCUUAUGAGCUAUGUAUAUUGCAUUAUAAUGCACAAAAUAGGUUUAAUACAUGACGUUUUUCUAUUUAUUGCAAAUUCCCUAUAGUAUUUCAUUCUGCCUUGUUUUGGGGAAGAUGUUUCUAAUAUAAUAUCUCUGACAUGUCUUCAGUGCUAGUACUACUGAUGGGCAUUGGAAAUGCAAAGAUGAUGUAGCCUCACUGAAAUGACGGGCUUUACGGCUGGCUAACGGCGGGCUUUACGGCUGGCUAACGGCGGGCUUUACGGCUGGCUAACGGCGGGCUUUACGGCUGGCUAACGACAGGCUAACGGCGGGCUUUACGGCUGGCUAACGGCGGGCUUUACGGCUGGCUAACGGCGGGCUUUACGGCUGGCUAACGGCGGGCUUUACGGCUGGCUAACGACAGGCUAACGACGGGCUUUACGGCUGGCUAACGACGGGCUUUACGGCUGGCUAACGGCUGGCUAACGACGGGCUUUACGGCUGGCUAACGGCGGGCUUUACGGCUGGCUAACGGCGGGCUUUACGGCUGGCUAACGACUGCUUGGUUUGAAGGAAGCGUCUUUACCGCCGACUGUCUCACAGUGAUUCUUCUUAUCUGAUAUGACAUUCCAGAAUUAGCUGGUUUUGUUUUGGCUGGCUUGUAUAUUUGUUAUUUUAUUUUGUGUAAAUUAUAUAUUUGAUUUUCAAUGGGACAACCUAUGGGUCAUUUCAAGUGUAAUAUUGUGGUAAGUCAAAUAUCCGGUUUGUAGUUGAGGUGUGUGAGUGUAGAAAUGUAUCGAACAGAACUGAGGCUAGCACUGUGAUCAUUCCACCACUACAAGCUCCUUUUAAACUAUCUCUUGACAUUUUAAAGUGUCUAGAACUUGUUUAACAGUAAAACUGAAACCUUGUUGAUUCUGCAUUGUAUUUAGUUCAAGCUGGGUGAGUCCAUGUAGUUAGUCUCUCUUAGUGCCAUUCGGGACCCUUUUUCCUAUAGUGUACUACUUUUAACCACAGCCUUAGUCAAAAGUAGUGCACUAUAUAGGCAAUGGGGCACAAUUUGGGAUGCCUGCUCCGUAUCCUGUUCCCAUCUCUAUUGAGACAGGAUGUGAUUGCUGAUAUCCAGCAACAUGAUCUCAGGAAGGCUUUUUACAUUUCUACAAAGCAAAUAACAUUUAGCUUCAUAUGUCAUUAAUCACUGGCCCAUUUUUUUUAAAGUAAAUGUGUUUUUAAAAUGAAAAGAUUAAAAAGUUCUUUGAUGUAAAAUGACAUUGUUUAACCAGCAAUGGGAGAGAUUUGUGAACUGACCUACUAUGUACGCGGCUGUAUAAAUCCUGUAUGUUAUCAGUAGGCUUUUACCUUGCCAAGUUCAAUGUUUGGAGAUAGUCAGGGUUGAAAGAUAAACCAUUUGAGGUUUUUGAAGCAAUGGUGUGUGUUAAACCGUGCUGUUGGAAACGGUGCUGAGAUUAAAUCUGUCUUUGUUUGUAUCAAGCUCUAGGUUAGCUUUGUCUUUUGGCAAAGGUCUAUAUACAUACGCACGAUGUGUAAUGUCAUCUAUCGGAAAGUCUUUACAGAAUGAAUACCAUUAAAUGACUUACAACCUGUUUGUAUCUUAAAGAAGA